UUUUGUGACAGGAAACAAAAUAUGGGAAUUUUCCUGUAAGUUAGCUCAAAAGUUUCGAUGAGGUCUUCACAUUUUUGUGGUGAAAGUUAGCGCAUGUGCGGAUGAAUACACGGCGACCACUAGACGAGACUAUAUAAACGUCUCGCGAGGCCGCUGGCCGUUGAUGGUUUUGGGAGUUCAAACGGUUUGACGUUGAACUCCUUUAAAGAAGUUUUUUUAAACACAGCAGCAAAAGCUCUUCUACGCUCACACAUCACUCAAGUGAGCGCUGGAAUGGAGUUCAGCAGGAAUUGUGAUUCAGACUAUGACGUGAUGAAGCCUUAUUACUUCCUGGAUGGCGAGGAAGAGUUUCUGUCGGGCCCCAGCAAGGACAUCUGGAAGAAGCCUCUGUCUCCUAGCUGUACAUCAUCGGAAACUGCGUGGGACCUGCUGGACCAGGGCUGUCCGUCUUCCGUCCUCCUGCAGUCCUUCAUCAUCCACGAUUGCAUGUGGAGCACUAGCUUCGCCGCUGCUUCCAAGUUGGAGAAUGCAGUGUCUCAGAUGUUGGUGUCUCUGCAAGCGCGCUGUGAUUCAGCCUCCUCCACUACUGACAUUGCAGGCGACUGCCACACCCACGUCUCCCAGGUGAAGACCAGCCACAACCUGGACUUCCCGACGACCCCGACGGUCUGCAUUAACCCCUCAGAGGUCCUUCCAUUCUGGACGCUCUGUAAGAGGAGCUGUGAAGUGAGCAAGGUGGCUGUGGCAGGAGUCAACGUCAGUACGUCAGAAGGAGAACCUGUGGAGGAUGACGAGGUGGACCGGAGGCCACUUUCCGAUGUCAACAUCCAGCAGCACAGCUACGCUACCCGACAGCCUAGCGCCAACCACCAGCAGCCCGCUGGUAAACAGGUCAGCAUUGCUGACACCCACUGUGUGCCGAGUCACAGCGCAUUUGCUCCUUACUACGGUCGCAGCAAGGUCAGACGGAAGAGACGAUACGUGAGAGAGUGCCAACGCAAGAAGGAGUUGAAGAGAAACCUCCUGGCCCUGAGGGCUCACAUCCCGGGCCAGGCCCACAACCACAAAGGCUCCAAGGUGGCCAUCUUGGAAAAUGCCACGGAGCUGAUCACCACAGUCCAAGUGGACAAGAAGAGGUUGGUGGCCAAGAAGGAGGAGCUUAUGGCUAGGAGGCGGGAGCUAAAGCACAGACUGAAGCAACUCGCCUCUUGAAGCCUCACUUCCUGUUGACUCUGCUCAUCCCCCGCAUUGCGGCAUGUUGGUGGCCAUCUCUCACUUUUAUUAUUGAGAGUAUUUAUUGAUACCAAAAAGACUAUGCACCUCCCACAUCUCUUUUUAGCAUUCUAUGCCUGACCAUGUGACCCUCCUAUCCUUCCGGCGCGUCGGAGACAUCAACAUAAAAACCACAAAGUAGAAUGUGAUGUCACAUGACCACCACUAUGCUCUAUGACCUUCAUGCUCUGUGACCUUCAACAUCUCAGCAUACAGAUCAGUUUUGAAUGCCCAUGCAAUUGCAGAUGUUGUAACGAUGUGAUUUUAUUCAUUGCUUUCAUAGACGUAUAAAAUAUGAAAAAGUUGACGAGGCCAACACAAACAGCAGAGCAGAGCUGACUCAUUCAUUAGCGCUUGAGCAUGUAUGUGAGCUCAUUUGUUCAAAGUGCCUUAGUAGACAGGCCUGUUUGCGUCCAGUUGAGCUGGUCUCACGUUUACAUUAUGACAUCACCAAUAAACCUUUACAUAA